UGGUAAGAUUCUUUUAUAGACAGGCAGUAUCUUUAGAGAACUUGGUGGACGUCUAAGGACCCUGUGACUGAGUCGCUGAAUUCAAAAUUUCAAAACAAACCCUCGACUGUUGUUUCACCAUGCAAGUGAUUACAAUGACCGAUUUGGCAUUUUCUAACUGAACACAAUUUUGUUCUUCGGCAAAUGAAAAAUGGACGGGGGUGAUAAGAAAAUUUUGGGCAUAAAUGUGAAACCGGCGGACAUCUCAAAACUUCCUUCUAUCGACGAUUUCAUCGUUUUGAAACCUAUCAGUCGUGGUGCAUUUGGGAAGGUGUACCUUGCUAGGAAAAAGUGCAAUGAGCGCUUAUAUGCUAUUAAGGUGAUGAAGAAGGCCGACAUGGUUGAUAAGAACAUGAUGAGCCAAAUGAAGGCAGAGCGAGAUGCACUUGCUUUGAGCAAAAGUCCCUUCAUCGUUCAACUUUUUUACUUUCUUCAGACAGCCACCAAGAUCUAUCUGGUCAUGGAGUACCUGAUCGGUGGAGAUGUCAAAUCUCUUCUUCAUAUUUAUGGUUACUUUGACCAGGACAUGGCUGUUAAAUACAUCUCAGAGGUUGCACUGGCUUUGGACUACCUCCACCGUCAUGGCAUAAUCCACCGGGACCUGAAGCCAGACAACAUGCUCAUAUCCAACAAAGGUCACAUCAAACUCACAGACUUUGGUCUCUCAAAAGUCAAGCUCGACAGAGAGCUUAAUCUCAUGGAUAUCCUCACCACUCCAUCCUUGGCUAAACCGAAAAAAGAUUACUUCCGCACGCCAGGUCAAGUCCUCUCCUUGAUCAGCUCCCUUGGUUUUAACACACCUUCAGGAGAAGGCAAGCGUCACUGCAGCGCCUCUGUGGUGUCCAGCCCCAUGUCGUGUGGCAAAAUAAAACCAAAGAAUAACUCUCUUGGUUCUCCUUUGAUGAAGAAGACGGAUCAGCUAUUUUCUCCAUCUGAGAACCUUUUUAAAUUGGGGCCGAAGCCGAGAGUGUUUAGUCCUCACAACCUGACGAAAAAUCUGACGCCCACAUUGCUGAAUACCAGAAAGAGAUUUGAAACGCUGAGUGCGGGCAGCACCACAGACACUGAGGGCGGGGUCAGUCCCCUGUGGGAGUGUGAGGAGAAGGAAAACCAAUGCAUCACUCACCACAGAGGUAGAAGGCAGUCUGAGUCACAAGGCCAGGAAGAGGCCCGUGAAGCCACAAAGCUUAACAACUUUGGAGUGUCUGCUGAGAGCCAAUUGGGUCUUUCCAAUCAGUACCACCAGGAGAAGACCGGUGCGUCGGUGAGAACCGACUGUCAGCCUGCAGUCCCCUCCUCCGUGAAGAGGAGUUUUUCGGACAUAGAUGGAAGUCCAGAGCCGCCGUCGCACCGCGCCAAGAAGACCAACGCAGACUACAAGAGGUUCUGCGACAUUCCAGGGGCGACCGCGAGGUUUCACACCGGCCUGACGGGGACCUUUUCCGACAUCCAUUUGGAAGGUGGCUUCGUGCCCUGCCCCGGACGCGGGCCACCAAAGCGCUCCAGUCCCAUCGCUGUGGCCAAGAGUCUGUUCGGCGAGCUGGACGAGCCGCCGGAGGACGUGUUUGAGUACGCCGCCAGAGAUUUGUCCUACUCAAAUAUUGCGUCGCCCCUACCUGGGACCGGCGACAUCUGCCGGAGCCUGAGCCUGGACUUUGACGGGUCCAUGCACGACACGUCCCUCAACGUGGACAGCCAGGCAGCCGUCCGCCCGGGCAGCCGGGCAGAGAACCGGCACUCAGCGUCGUCCGAGGAAACCGAGCACAGCAAAGACGCUUUGGCGGCUAAAUCCCUGCCCAAGACCCCCUCGGUCGUCACGACCUGGACCCCGAAAGCUGUCCACCCGCGACGGAGGAGCGACUCCCAGUGCUCGUCCUCCUCCAGCCGACCCCUCGAUCCGGCCUGCGGCGCUGGACCGUCCCCCUCCUUCUGCCGGCCCCGGAACGUGGUGGCUUUCCGCAGCUACUGCAGCUCCAUCAACCGCUCCAACAUGUCGGCGGUGUCCAGACUCAGCGUAGAGGCCAUGGACGUGUCCACGCCGGCAUCGUGCCACUCUGCGUCUGGCACCGCAACACCAGUGCAAAAAAGAAGAAGCUGCAACAGCUCCGUUAAUCAGACUCCUCAGCCCAUGUCGACCUCCCACACGCCGUUCAGGACUCCAAAAAGUGUCCGAAGGGGAGCGCUGCCGGCCGAGGGUGUGCCCAUCCUGGGAACGCCGGACUAUUUGGCUCCAGAGCUGCUUCUGGGAAAACCGCACGACUGCAUGGUGGACUGGUGGGCGCUGGGCGUGUGUCUGUUCGAGUUCCUCACAGGCGUGCCGCCCUUCAACGACGAGACGCCCCAGCUGGUCUUCCAGAACAUUCUCAACAGAGACAUCCCCUGGCCCGAGGGAGAGGAGGAGCUGUGUGCCAACGCCAGAAACGCCACCGAGAUCCUCCUCACCAUGGACCUGACCAGGCGCGCCGGUCUCAAAGAGCUGAAGUGCCACCCCCUGUUUGAUGGGUUGGACUGGGACAACCUGCAGAACCUGCCGAUGCCUUUCAUACCUCAGCCGGAGGAUGAAACGGACACCUCGUACUUCGAGGCCAGAAACAACGCUCAGCACAUCGCCGUGUCCGGCUUCAGCCUGUAGCUGGAGGUGAAGUUUUAGAAAUUACUUAGCCAAUAAAUGACGAAGCCAAACAGGUCUUUUAGAAAUGACAACUUCUUAAUGGUUCUGAUUAUUUGUCUGUUCACACU